AUGGAGAAGAAGUUGAAAUCGGUGCAACUGAAAAGGCAUCAAGCGGUCGAAUUGGUGAAAAGUAUAGAACAGUUUACGAUCGGCUACGUCGAGGAAAAUGCCAGUGAAAUACCAGUGUGUUUGGAACAACUAGAAAGGUAUUAUGAGGACUUCCUACAUGCAAAUGCGAAAGUGAUGGAACUCGAUGAGGAGGCCACAGAUGCGAGUGUAACUGAGCGGUGUGAUUUGGAUACACGGUAUCGUCGCGUUAAGGGCUUUCUUCUACGAAAGCAACCACCUCCUACGGUCGCGCAAAAUAUGUCGAAUGAGUCGAUGCUAUUAGCGAGCUCUACACUCAAUAGUUCGGGACGAUCAGGUGCAGUAAAUUUGCGGCUUCCAAAAAUCGAAUUGCCUACGUUCGAUGGCAAUUCCACCAAGUGGUUAACGUUCCGCGACCGAUUUGUGGCGAUGAUCGACAGUGCCAGUGAGAUACCGAAUAUAAUGAAGCUGCAGUAUCUGCUGUCCUCCUUGAAGGGCGAGGUUGGUUUGCUUUUCGAGCACACCACAUUGACAGCAGACAAUUACGAGGUGACGUGGGCUGCCUUGCUGAAGCGACCGAGGAAGGUUCGUAAGCUGCAGCCGCUGCUCGUCGAUUUGGCGCUGCUCGUCGAUGAAUUCACGCGGCAUGUGAACGGGCUGAAGAAGCUCGACGAACCGGUGGACACCUGGGACACGCCGCUCGCCAACCUGCUUCUGAUGAAGCUGGAUUCGUCGACCAUUCUGGCAUGGGAGAACCACUCAGCGCAACAUAAAAAAGAUAAGUACAAGGAAUUAGUAGACUUUUGCAAGAUCGUGUACGAAUAUUAA